AGUUUUCCUCAAACAGCGCAGAAACAAAGCGCCGAGCUGCGGCUGAACUUCACGGCAGGAAACUUUAUUCCUCUGCGAACUGGUAGAAAACCAAACGCUCCAUCAUGGCCAUGGACGAGGUUUACUCCCCCACGACGGCUCCCAACCCAAAAACCUCCUGGUUACUGGUUCCUUCGGAGCACCUGGAUAAACCCCGCUUCAUCCUAAAAGUUCUUGAAGUGCUGCUGUCCUGCGUGGCCUUCGCCCUGGAGGAGACCGUCAGCAGCUGCAUUUCCUGCUCGCCGCUCUACUUCUUCGAGUUCGUCAGCUGCACGGCCUUCCUCUUCACCCUGCUGCUCCUCAUCCUCCUCGCCACGCCGCUGCACCAGAAGGCCACCAUCAGCUGCUGGCCCACUCUGGACUUUUGUUACAGCGCUCUAAUCGCUGCCUUGUUGUUCAUCUCCUCCAUCGUCUUUGCCGCCAACAACAGCGGCACAAGUCUGGAAAUAAGCGCUGUGAUGUUUGGUUUCCUGGCCAUGUUUGCGUUUCUCGCUGACGUUGGCCUAUUUUGGAAGACCAAAGGGUUUCCUUUCACGAACAACCCGAAGGCGCCGCCCAGUAAUGGCGGCACCGGGGCGGUGGAGCCUGCGGCAGAGAAAGAGAAACUGACCAACGAGGCCAACAACGCCGAAUAGAUCUGAGGCCACCGGUUGCUUUACGCACUAUUCUUCUAACGUGACACCGGAUGACGGGGCUGCAGAGUCGACAUCCUUUUAAAGUCUUUUUAAAUAAUGCGUUUAGUCAAUGUUUCCCAGUGCUGAGGGCUCUGAAGUGAUCAGUCAGCCAAUAAUCAAUCAAUCCCAGUGCAGAGCAUCCAGCUUUGAGUUUGUGACGUAAAAAUACAGAAACAGGCUCCUGUUUUUUUGUAGAGGUAAAAUUUCCACAGAGACACUAAAACCGUCAAACCACUGAAUGUUCUGCUGUAACGUUUGUUUUUUAACAUUUGAAUCGAUGCAGUGACUCAGAAACGCGUGGAGUCGAAGCUUUGCUUUAUCGUCAGUGUCAUAAAACUAAUGAACCCAUUCUGUCUGCUUUGACAAACAGAAGUCAGUCGUAACACUCAUGUGAUGGAUUCUUUUAACGGUUAAACUGGGUCUUUGUUGACGUCGGGACCCUUCGUGUGGUCCCAAGAUAAACCUGAGGAGUCACAAAUUACGAGGAAGGCGUCCCACAAAAUUCAGUUUGUUAAAUAUUUAUCGCACAUCUUUGCCUCCUCACGUUGCACAAAAAUUGAAAAACACAUUUUAUUUUCCUGCUGUGACCCUAAAAGCCUCCUGACAGCUCAGAUUUAUAUCCUGAUACACUG